CAUUUGGGGGAUAUCUGUCCCAUCCUGACAUUUGGGGGAUAUCUGUACUGUUCUGACAUUUGGGGGGAUAUCUGUACUGUUCUGACAUUUGGGGGAUAUCUGUACUGUCCUGACAUUUGGGGAUAUCUGUACCGUUCUGACAUUUGGGGGAUAUCUGUACCGUUCUGACAUUUGGAGGAUAUCUGUACCGUCCUGACAUUUGGGGGAUAUCUGU